UUCCCCCCCCCCCCCCAUCACCCCGGACAAUGACAGCCAUGAAGGAGCAGCAGCAGCAGGCGCAGUCUAACCCAGGCAACAGGGGAGGCCAGGCUCCAUCGCAGGACCAGGAACUUGGAAGCAACAGCCCACCACAGAGGAACUGGAAGGGAAUAGCAAUUGCAUUGCUGGUGAUUCUAGUGGUAUGUUCACUGAUCACCCUGUCCGUAAUUCUUUUAACACCAGAUGAACUAUCAAACUCUUCAGAAACCAGAUUGUCUUUAGAAGAUCUCUUCAGAAAAGAGUUUGUAGUUCACAAUCCAGAUGCCAAAUGGAUGAAUGAUACAGAAGUGAUAUAUAAAAACAGGAAUGGACAUGUUAUUAAACUGAAUGUAAAAACAAAUACAACUACAUUAUUGCUGGAAAAUGCAACUUUUGUAACUUUCAAAGCAUCCAGAUAUUCAGUAUCUCCAGAUUUAAGAUAUGUUCUCCUUGCUUAUGACAUUAAACAGGUUUUUCAUUAUUCUUAUACAGCUUCAUAUGUGAUAUAUAACAUACAGACAAGGGAAGUUUGGGAGUUAAAUCCUCCAGAAGUAGAGGACUCAGUUUUACAGUAUGCAGCAUGGGGUGUGCAAGACCAGCAACUGAUUUAUAUUUUUGAAAAUAACAUCUAUUACCAGCCUGAUGUAAAGAGCAGCUCUUUGAGACUGACAUCUUCUGGGAAAGAAGGAAUUGUUUUUAAUGGAAUUGCAGACUGGUUAUAUGAAGAGGAGCUGCUUCAUUCACACAUUACUCACUGGUGGUCACCUGAUGGAGAGAGGCUGGCGUUCCUUAUGAUAAAUGACUCAUUAGUACCAAAUAUGCUUAUUCCUUGGUUUACUGGAUCUCUGUAUCCCAAAGGAAAACAGUACCCAUAUCCAAAGGCAGGUGAACUGAAUCCAAUAGUAAAGCUGUAUGUUGUCAAUCUAUAUGGCCCAACACAUACAUUGGAACUCAUGCCACCAGACAAUUUUAAAUCAAGAGAAUAUUAUAUAACGAUGGUCAAGUGGGUGAGCAACACUAAGACAGUGGUGAGGUGGCUAAACAGGCCUCAAAAUCUAUCCAUCCUUACAGUGUGUGAAACAACCACUGGUGCCUGUAGUAUGAAGUAUGAAUUUACAUCCGAAGUCUGGCUUGCUAAGCAGAAUGAGGAACCAGUUUUUUCUAAAGAUGGCAAUACAUUUUUUAUGACAGUUCCAGUUAAACAAGGUGGUCGUGGUGAAUUCCACCAUAUUGCUAUGUUUAAUGUUCAGAUCAAAAAUGAACAAUUUAGUAUACGACAUCUGACAUCAGGGAACUGGGAAGUUAUAAAAAUCUUGGCAUAUGACGAAAAUACCCAAAAGAUUUAUUUUUUAAGUACUGAAAAUUCACCAAGAGGAAGACAAUUACAUAGUGUGUCAACAACUGAAUUGCUGAAUCGUCAAUGUCUUUCAUGCAAUUUUAUGAAAGAUGGUUGUACAUAUUUUAAUGCAAAGUUUAGUCCUUCAAUCAAGUAUUUCAUUCUACAGUGUAAGGGUCCUGGUGUUCCGAUUGUCAGCCUGCACAGCACAAUUAAUCCUGAAAAGUUUUAUAUUUUAGAAAACAACUCUGUUUUAAAAGAAGCAGUUUCAAUGAGAAAAAAACUACGAACAGAAACUAGAAUGCUUCACAUUGAUGACUAUGAACUUCCUUUACAGUUAACAUUUCCAAAGGAUUUCUCAGAUCGAAAUAUGUAUCCACUUCUCUUAAUAAUUGAUGAAGCUCCAGGCAGUCAGUUGGUUACAGAUAAGUUUCACAUUGACUGGGAUUCUGUGCUUGUCAACUCUGAUAAUGUCAUCAUAGCUCAGUUUGACGGAAGAGGAAGUGGAUUUCAAGGACUCAAGAUUUUGCAAGAGGUUCACCAUUCACUAGGAUCAGUGGAAGUGAAGGAUCAGAUAGCAGCGAUAGAAUACUUGCUGAAGCAAUCAUUUAUUGAUGGUAACAGGGUGAGCAUCUUUGGAAAGGGUUAUGGAGGCUACCUUGCAUCAAUGAUUCUGAAGUCCAACGAAAAACUUUUCAAGUGUGGAGCUGUGAUUGCACCAAUUACCGACAUGCGACUGUAUGCAUCUGCCUUUUCAGAAAGAUACCUGGGCAAUCCAUUUAAGGAAGAAAAUACCUACCAAGCAUCCAGCGUAUUACACAAUAUUCAUGGCUUUAAGGAAGGAAAUUUGUUAAUCAUCCAUGGGACAGCGGAUACUAAAGUCCAUUUUCAGCACUCAGCAGAAUUAAUUAAACAUCUAAUAAAAGCUGGAGUGAAUUAUACUAUGCAGAUCUAUCCAGAUGAAGGUCAUUAUAUUACAUCAGAGAAGAGUAAAUAUCACCUUUAUAGCACAAUUCUCAACUUUUUUAGUGCUUGUUUAAAGGGAGAAACACCCAUUUUACCACAGGAAGUAGAAGACGAUGAAUAAGGAAUGAAGACUAGGACUUGUAUGAGGAUCACUACAACCAUAUUUAAAGUUGACUGUAAAAAAACAGAUUCUUUGGGAGCCUGAGGGCAGUCAAAGAUUAUAGCAGCGGAGCAGCGCAUUUUAUGACAAUGGGCUAAAAAACUGGGAUUUGAAUACACAAAUCCAUGUGUGAUGAAGGAACAAAUCUUAAACCUUUGUGGAAGGCCAAAGGUCGGAUGCAGUUUUCUGAAAGAUAUUAAUUUUGCAUAAGAGUAGAGUUAGUGCAUGUUGAUUUUGUUACGAUUCACUGUUGGUUCAGUAUGUAGUUGCUCUGUUUUAUUUAGUAUGCACAUACCUUUUUGAUUUCAGGAUAAUGCACACUUUCAUAGGCCACUAAUAUUUGAAGAAGGGACUUGCAGUCUUAACAUUCAAUUGUAAUUUUAGAUUAAGUGCAUUUUUUCCACUGUUAAGCAUCAAAAUAUUGAAAAAAAAUGCAUUUUUAGUUGACUGAAAAACACAUCAGAUAAGUAGACUUUAAUUUUAUGCUGGUUUAUUGAGAGGGCUUCACCCAAAAUGUCAGUUGUUCAUACCAACUAAAUCAGUAAGCAAAACUGCAGUAGUAUAUGCUUGGACUUCAUGUAUAUACACAAGACUCCUUCCACAACAGUAACAACAACAAAAAAGCAAUGUCCACUCGCAUAUUUUGUCAGGCUAUAAUUACACCUAUGUGUCAAUUGACAUCAACAACUAAAAUAAUUCCCCAGGUAAAAGUUGCAUAUUUUGAGUUACUAAGAAAUGUUUGGGUUGUGCUUUUUCUUGUAUUGUUUACAGUAUUUUGCUGGUUACACUCUAAUUUUAGAGUACAUUACUUUGUCACUUGUAAAUUAGAUACAUGAAUAUUAAA